UCACUCUCAAGUUUCAACCACCGUCCCCCCAUUAGAAAAACAUCAAACACCACAUAAAAAGCAGUCAAUUUAUAUCACUCUGCACUUCACACACACACACAUACACAUACACACACUCCGCAAUCAAGCUAUGGAUUGGUUCUCAUGGCUCUCGAAAACAGCCCUCGACCCCUCCCUCGUCUACGAGUACGGCCUCGCAUUCGCCCAGAACGAGCUCGAGGAAGACGACAUACCCUACUUCAACCACGAAUUCCUCCAAAGCAUGGGCAUCUCCGUCGCCAAACACCGCCUCGAAAUCCUCAAACUCGCCGGAAAAGACAAGCGCCGCCGCGUCCCCCACCCCGUGUCCCGGAUUCUGUUCGCCGUCAACCGCGCGAAGCGGUGUUUCUCCAAGUACUUGCGGCCGUGGGUUCGCCGCGAGGAGUCGGCCCUGGCCCUCGUGCCUCGGCGGAGCUACAGCGCGCGGUGGAGGAACGCUAUGGUGAAGAGGAACAAGAAGGUGGUGGCGGUGAAUAGGCAGAUGAGCAGAGCUCCUCUGCUGCUCACCAAUGGCGACCACCCGGUGAUCUUCCCUAGUUCGAGAAUCAACAGCUUUUCCAGCCCUUUUGAAAGGGACGUCGUGGAUCACAGUAAGGGAGAUGGAGACGGAGACGGAGACUACGACGAGUAUUGGUCGUCUGCAGUUGAGGAGAUCAGGUGGGAUACUAUGUUUCAGAACUUGAAACCUACUUGAAAUUGUAUUAAUUUAUAGUUUUGUUCUUGUUUUUCUUUUCUAUGUUUGUCAGUAUAUGUGGUGAGAGGUUGUUUUUGGGGCUCUUCCACCACUGCUUUGUACUAAAUUUUUUUUAUCCAAAUUAAAUUUGAUAGAAUCAAA